AUGGAGACAGAUCGUGACAGAGGGAGAGCCAGAGAGCCUGAGAUGGAUACAGCUCGUGACGGAGAGAGAGCCCGAGAUGGAGAGAGCUCGAGAUGGAGAGAGAGGUUGAGAUGGAGGGAGCUCGAGAUGGAGAGAGAGCUUGAGAUGGAGAGAGCUCUCAAGAUCUUCACUGGUUCUAGGAAUGGAGAUCGAGAGAGAGAGAUAGAGAUGGAGCUGCGUCACUUUCCCCGACUGCGUCAAGUUAUGGUUAUAUGUUUCACAAUAUGCAGAUUCAUAUAUGCAUCAGUGGCAAUAUUGGGCUACUUAAUGUAUGGAUCAAACGUAGAAUCACAUUCUACGCAGAUAACACUGAAUCUUCCCACUGAUAAGCUUAGUUCAAAAGUGGCGAUAUGCACUACACUGGUGAACCCGAUUGCAAAGUUUGCCCUCAUGGUUACGCCUAUUAUCGACGCAAUGAAGAGCCGAUUUUCACGGAUUCUGCCUAACAAAAAAGCCGCCCGUUUAAUCCUUAGUACGGUGUUGGUUGCUAGCAAUGUGAUUGUGGCAUUGCUUCUUCCGUUUUUUGGUGAUCUCAUGAGCUUGGUCGGAGCAUUCUUGAGCGCAACUGCGUCAGUUAUAUUACCAUGUUUGUGUUACCUAAAGAUCUCUGGCAAAUACCAAAGACUCGGUUUCGAAAUGGUGGUUCUCAUUGGUAUUAUACUAAUCGGUAUUGUGCUUGUGAUAACCGGAACUUACCAAGCGGUCAAGGACAUUUUUGAUCGGUUUGAAAAAAUUAAAAAGUGA